AUGGCAUUGCUUCCAGACGUCGAUAUUGAGGCCGCACCUGGCCUCUCCUACUUUACCCCGGCCCAGAAUCCCCCGGCGGGAACAGCCGCCGAUCCCCAAACUAGCGGCAGGCCAGUACCUAAGCUCUACCAGCCCUUCACAGUCCGCGGCGUGAGGUUUCAGAACCGCCUUGGUGUCUCACCAAUGUGCCAGUACUCGGCCGAAGACGGGCACAUGACCGACUACCACCUGGUGCACCUGGGCAGCAUCGCCCAGCGCGGGCCGGGCAUGAUCAUGAUCGAGGCGGCGGCCGUCCAGCCGGAGGGGCGCAUCACGCCGCAGGACCUGGGGCUGUGGAAGGACUCCCAGAUCGCGCCCAUGAAGCGCGUCGUCGACUUCGUGCACAGCCAGAACCAGAUCAUCGGCAUCCAGCUCGCGCACGCCGGCCGCAAGGCCAGCACCGUCGCGCCCUGGAAGGCCAACGAGGCCGUCAUCGCCACCGAGAAGGUCGGCGGCUGGCCCGACCGUGUUGUGGCGCCGAGCGCGGUGCCCUUCGACGAGGCGCACUGCCAGCCCAGGGCUCUGAGCAUUGAGGAGAUUGGGCAGCUGAAGAAGGACUGGGCGGCGGCGGCGCGGCGGGCGCUCGCCGCGGGCGUCGACUUCAUCGAGAUCCACAACGCCCACGGCUACCUGCUCUCGUCGUUCCUGUCGCCGCAGGCCAACACCCGCACCGACGAGUACGGCGGCUCGUUCGAGAACCGCAUCCGGCUGUCGCUGGAGAUUGCGCAGAUCACGCGCGACGUUGUCGGCGACAGGGUGCCCGUCUUCCUGCGCGUCUCGGCUACCGACUGGGUCGAGGACACGCUGCCCGCCGAGAGCUGGACGGCCAAGGACACGGUGCGCUUCGCCGAGGCCCUGGCCGCGCAGGGGGCUGUCGAUCUGAUCGACGUUUCUACGGGCGGUGUCCACUCCGCGCAGAAGGUCAAGGCUGGCCCGGCCUUCCAGGCGCCGUUCGGGAUUGCGGUCAAGCAGGCGGUUGGGGACAAGCUUCUCGUUGCGACGGUGGGGAGCAUCACCAACGGGAAGCUGGCGAAUAGUCUGCUGGAGGAGGACGGGCUGGACGUGGCGCUUGUGGGACGCGGGUUCCAAAAGGACCCCGGCCUGGCUUGGACUUUUGCCCAGCAUCUGGACACGGAGAUCUCGAUGGCCUCCCAGAUUCGCUGGGGCUUCAACCGGCGUGGUGGUACGCCGUACGUUGAUCCUUCUACUUACAAGCUAUAG